AGCGCCCAGGGGGAGCUCGCCUGACCGAGGCAGGCUUCCGAGUGGGACUGGAGCCGGGGCGCCCCGAAGUUUGGGGAAGGCAGGAGCAGCGGGGAAGGGAUGCGCUCCGGCUCUGGCAGCGCGGGACAGGCCUCCUUCCAGCCUCCUGGCAGGCAAGUUUUCCCCAGCUGCGCGCUGCCCCGGGGACUCCGCAGGCCGAGGCGACAGCCGAAAGCAGACCGCCGGGUGACCCUCCGGUGGGCAGGUUCGUCAGGCCACCUUCAUAGGCAGGAAGACUCUGUCCACGCUCGGGUCUCAGAAAGUUGAGCGCGCGCUCUCCACACCAGACGCGGGACAGACGCGAGCCCCGCGGGGGCGGCGGGGGGCGGGGGUAACACGGAGCCUGCGACCUGCAGGAAGUCGUCUCCCGAGCACUUUCUACCCGAGCACUCGGGAACUCGCUUCCAGGUGUUCCGGCGUCCGCGCCUCCCCGCCCCCGGCCCUCCCCCGUGGCGGGCAGGUUCAACUCCGAGGCGGUGUCGCCUGGGAGCCGGCCCCAGCCCCGCAUCCUCCUCCCACUCCGCCCGGCAGCGGCAGCUAAAAGCCCGCGCGGCUGCAAAGUGGAACUGCGUUCUCGUCCCGAGCCCGGGCCGACUCGCCGCGGGGCGGAAGAGCUGGAGCUGAGCUGUGCGCUCCUCAAAGGCGCGAGGAGUUAAGUCUCCGGAGGAGUCUUGAGUCCGCGCUCGCGCCCGGACAAGUCCUGGGGCAGGACGGCGUCAUGGAGCCCUCCAGGGCGCAGCUGCUAAGUUCGGAGGCGCCGGAAUCAGCACCCUCCGGAGAGUCCCCGCCGGACGAGGAGCUGCCCUCUACGGAGGUCCUCUGCUUGGAGGGUGGGGAGGAAGGCGGUGGCACAACGGAGGCCGGGCACCCUGACGCUCGGCUAGGGGACAGGCCCCUCUCCCAGAAGGAAGAGAGUGCCCCCCAGGAGCAGGAGGAGCUGCUGGAGUGCCGCCGGCGCGGCCGCGGUGCGCGCUCCUUUUCCCUGCCGGCCGAGCCCAUACUGCAGGCGGCCAAGUUUCUGCAGCAGCAGGCCUUGGGCUUAGGCGGCGAGGACGCAGAGGGGGCUGAGGACGCGCCGCACAGCCUCGGAGGCUGCUGCGCCAAAUGCAAAAAGCGGGUGCAGUUCGCGGACACACUGGGGCUGAGCCUGGCCAGCGUGAAGCACUUCAGCGAGGCCGAAGAGCCGCAGGUGCCGCCCGCCGUGCUCUCGCGCCUCCGCAGCUUCCCCAUGCGGGCCGAGGACUUGGAGCAGCUGGGGGGCCUGCUGGCCCCGGCGCCUGCGGCCGCGCCCCUCUCCGCGCCGCCUCCCGGGCUCCGGCCGCUCUUCCAGCUCCCCGGGCCGAGCGCCGCGGCCGAGCGCCUGCGGCGGCAGCGUGUGUGCCUGGAGCGCGUGCAGUGUUCGGUGCCCUGGAGCGCGGAGGUGAAGGGCUCGGGCCGGGUGCUCGGCUGCCCCGGGCCGAGGGCCGUGACCGUGCGCUACACCUUUACCGAGUGGCGCUCCUUUCUGGACGUGCCAGCCGAGCUGCAGUGCGAGUCCCUGGAGCCUCAGCAGCCAGAGGCGCCGGCGGGCGUCUCCGGGCCAGAGUCCGAGGAUGCGGAGAAAGAGCCGGGCGCCGAGCGCUUCCACUUCUCCCUGUCCCUGCCCCCGAGCCUGCCGUCCGAGGACGAGGAGGACGCGGACGCGCGCGGCGUGGCCGUCCACUUCGCUGUCUGCUACCGCUGCGCGCAGGGCGAGUACUGGGACAACAACGCGGGGGCCAACUACACGCUGCGCUACACGCGCCCAGCCGAGGCGCCCUGAGCCCCAGCGAGCGCUUUGAAGGUGGGGCAGCCCUCCCGCGGGACUUGCAGGCACGCCUUGCAGAGCGUUGUGGAUCUGGCGUGAGGGGAGCGUAGAGGGAAAAGAGGAAGCCGCCGAGCCAUAAACUCGCGCCCCAGGCCGACCCCUGAGCGAGUUUAGUGAGCCCCGGCGAAGCUCCAAACGUCUCUGACCACUUGUACUUCCCUAGACGGCCUCUAGGAUGCCCAGCGUGCGUCGGAAUGGGAAGACAUCGCCUUGGCCCCAGCAGUAACUUUAGCCAAGAAAAAGACUCGCGACUCUUGAGCGUGGUCCUAAGACCUUGGGAUCCGUUUUUAACUCUACGUGUCGUACGUGAGCCCUUGCAGCGUGCUGGAGACCCCGGGUAAAGGACAAGCGUCCUGACACCGUGCACUAAGGGAAGGCGCCCCGCUGUGGCGCCGGAGGCACCUCUGCACCCUGGCCUAUUUCUCAGAGAAGACCGCGUGGGGGCUGGGCCAGGUCCUUUUCUUUUUGCUGGGAUCUGGGAAACGUUCACCCAGACUUAAUGUUAUUUACUUGUGCGGUUGUGUACAAAUGUCCUUUAAAAAAGUAAAGGCCACUUGCACACUGUUUUACACUGUACUUUGUAUUUUACUCCGUGCGUUUGGGGGAGGCCUUGGCAGUCAGGUGGUCUGUGGCAGCUGAUGACGGGUGUACUUUAACCGUUGUUAAACAACAGUAUUUACAAAGUUCUUUUCUUUAAUUCCUCUUCUCUGAUGUGGAAGGGCUCAGAUUUCCCAUAGUGGGCUAAAAUGUAGAAAGCAUUCUGUCCCCCACCAAAAUAAGAUGUUUGGUGAAUUGAAAUGCCAGAGUAACCUGGUAGGCCUUGGCUGUGAGCUGCCAGAGCCAGGACACACAGCCCAGCCCCCUUUGUGUAGACGGAUCACACAGCAGUGUAGACUCCUGCUGGGCCAUUAGCAGUCAGGGAAGCUGGGCUCCUAGUCUCUGGACUCUAGUGCAGGGGGUGGGGGAUGGAACUGUGGCUUUCUGUUCCGCUCAGCCACUGCCGGGAGUGGUGACUUGAGGGAUGCUGAAAUGUGCCCAGCAAGCCAAUGCUGCUCAGACCCAGAUGGCACCCUGCCCUGGCAGGACGGUGGUGCAGGGUCUGGACCGCCUCUCCUCGCUGCUGCUGGCUGUGGACACCAAGAGGGUGUGGCUGGGCAUGAGCCGCAAGUGGCCAUCCCGGGUGACCAUGCUGUUCCUCACCCCUUGGUCAUACCUUAGUAAUUCACCUUUUUAAAUAAAGUCUUCCUAUCUCCCAGCACAUGGCUAAGCAGUUACUUUUGGGAUAGUAGUCUUUAAGGAGGGACAGUUUCACUGUUUCCCUAUAGAACAGUGAUUGGCCUGCUACAGCCCAGGGGCCAAAUUUGGCCCAUAGCCUGUUCCUGUAGGGCUUGUGACCUGAGAAUGGCUUUUACAUUUUUAAAUAGUUGAACAAAUUUCAAAAGAAGAAUACUAUUUUGUGACACACGAGAAUUAUAUGAAAUUCAAAUUUCAGUGUUCCUAAAUAAGUUUUACUGGAAUGCGGCCAUGCACAUUCAUUUAUGUAUUCUCUGCAGCUUUCAUGCCACAACACAGAGUUGAGUAGACGCAGCAGAGACCAUAUGGCAAAGUAUAAAAUAUUUACUGUCUGGCCCUUCAUAGAAAGUUUGCCAACCCCUACUCUAGAGAAGUAGUAUUUUUUAAAAAACACUAUAUGCUGAGAAUUAUAAUUAAUAAAGCAGUUAAACUUUGAAUUUUGCCACUUUAAAUAAACCUCCCUGGGGUAGAGGAAAAACCGUUGCCAUUACUCUCAGUAAUCUUGUUCAAAAUAAACACUAAGACACCAAAGUACAAUUAUACUGGGGAGGGGAAUCCACCUGCUACCUUCUUGCACCUAAGAAAUAAUAACAAAUCAGUGUAACUGAAAUAUAGCACCCAUCUGAAUUAGCUUCACACUACAAAACUGCCAGGUAUUUUUGUGCCUUAGAAUGUGUCUUACACUUUAAAAAUAUUUAGUUUGAACUUUGGUUUGGGGACUUCCCUUUGACUAUGGCAGUCUGUCCACAGAGUCUGUCCACAGGCAGCCGGGCCACAGCUCGCCUGCUUCCCUGUAGCAGCUGGGAGUGGGGCAGUUGUCACCCAGGAACCGCGGCUGUAGGGGCAGGCGGCUCUCCAUCCUGACCACCCCUCACCUGCAGCAACCUCCCGCCUGCCCUGACCCGGCAUGAGGGCUUCCGGGAAUGCUGUGGCUCUUGAUCCUGCCCACAAGGUGUCUACUCACAGCGAAGCAGUCCCUUCCUGCUCAUGUUUCUGAAAAUUAACUGAUAGUGAGAAAUUUUAAAAAUAAUUUAUCGACAGAAAUCCAUCAGGAGUUUAUGAGUAAUAAUUUAUACUUGGAGUUAAGCAGACUUUUAAAAAUGGUCACAUUGAUGAAAUAAUGAAUACUUAACUCACAUGUGCUUAU